CUGCUCGAUUGUGUUAGACGUGUUAGAGGACUUAGAGGACAUUCGUGACAAAUGCUAAGUAAUGUUCGGUCAUUGAAACUUUUAAGACAAAAAGUAGGAUGGCGUCAGUUACCUUAGAAGACAAGUCUAUUUGGGAAGAUGCUGAAGAAUCCUUGGGAGAAGAUGUACUACGCAUGUCAACAGAUGAAAUUGUUAGCCGCACAAGACUCCUCGAUAAUGAAAUUAAAAUAAUGAAGAGUGAAUUAAUGAGAAUCUCUCAUGAAUUGCAAGCCCAGAAUGAAAAAAUAAAAGAAAAUACAGAGAAAAUAAAAGUCAACAAAACUCUACCAUAUCUUGUUUCUAAUGUUAUUGAGCUGCUUGAUGUAGAUCCUCAAGACCAAGGAGAAGAAGAUGGUGCUGUUGUAGAUCUAGAUUCCCAGAGGAAAGGGAAAUGUGCUGUCAUUAAAACCUCAACACGUCAGACCUACUUCUUACCAGUGAUUGGAUUGGUAGAUGCAGAACGUUUGAAACCAGGUGAUCUAGUAGGAGUUAACAAAGAUUCUUACCUGAUACUUGAGACCUUGCCAGCAGAGUAUGAUGCACGGGUGAAAGCUAUGGAAGUGGAUGAACGUCCCACUGAGCAGUACUCAGAUAUUGGUGGUCUUGACAAACAAAUCCAGGAGUUAAUUGAAGCAGUGGUGUUGCCUAUGACUCACAAGGAAAGAUUUGAAAACCUUGGCAUCCAGCCACCGAAAGGUGUACUUCUGUAUGGACCUCCUGGGACUGGUAAAACUCUGCUGGCACGAGCCUGUGCAGCUCAAACAAAAUCAACAUUCUUGAAGCUUGCUGGUCCUCAGUUAGUGCAGAUGUUCAUUGGAGAUGGUGCCAAGUUAGUACGUGAUGCUUUUGCAUUGGCAAAAGAGAAAGCACCUGCCAUUAUAUUUAUCGAUGAACUGGAUGCUAUAGGAACAAAACGAUUUGAUUCGGAGAAGGCUGGUGACCGAGAAGUACAGCGUACUAUGCUUGAACUACUUAACCAGUUGGAUGGUUUUAGUUCCACUGCAGAUAUUAAGGUAAUAGCUGCAACAAAUCGAGUGGAUAUACUAGAUCCAGCUCUUCUUCGUUCUGGCAGAUUGGAUCGGAAAAUUGAAUUUCCGCAUCCAAAUGAAGAGGCACGAGCUCGAAUAAUGCAGAUUCAUUCCCGCAAAAUGAAUGUUAGUCCUGAUGUUAACUUUGAGGAACUUUCUCGCUCUACAGAUGAUUUUAAUGGUGCUCAGUGCAAAGCCGUUUGUGUGGAGGCUGGAAUGAUUGCAUUGCGUAGGAGUGCUACAGCUGUAACACAUGAAGACUUCAUGGAUGCAAUACUCGAAGUUCAAGCAAAGAAGAAAGCUAAUUUGAAUUACUAUGCUUAACCCCACAGAAAGCAUAAGCCAUCUAGCAGUUGCCCUAGGUCUUAUCACUGGGGGUGUAAUGUGUGUGGUUGGUUAUUUGUUGGCUCUGUAUCAGCUAUCCUUCAAGUUAAUAUCAGUUUUUCAUUAUUUUAUAUGAUGUCAGCCUUCAUAUCUCAAGCUUAAUUUAUAAUCUAGUUUCAUGGUCAUCUCACUUCAGUAUAACUUGCUGAUCUUAGCAGAGUCGUCUUUAUGUUUACCUUAACUGAUAUUUCAUGUCUUGGGAUAUCAACAGCAGUGGUUACUGUUUGUUACACAUUACAGGCAUCUCUGCCAAUUGUGUGUAUAAAUCUUUUAUAAUGAAAAUAAAAUAUUUUAUUCUUCUGUC